UAUGUCAGUUGAGCAACAUUAAAAAUAGACGAGUGAACACAAUUGAAUACAAAAAUAAACAAAGCGCAAUUAACUAAAUCAUUGAAGUAAAUUUUUAAUAUAAGUUAGCAUUAUUCCAUUCAAAUGUUUUCCUCCACACCAUUACGUGCAUCAAUUAAGGAUCGGAAUGCCAAUAACAGCGAUUCAAGCAAUGGAUUUGACAAUUCUUUAGAAAACAGAAAAAUCUUUCCAUAUCCACCUUGUUGGAAGAAUGAUCUUCGCAUGAUUGCACUAUUGGCACCAUUUCGUAUACGAGAACUCAAUCCAGAACACUACGAUUCAAAAUUAAAGUUCUGGGAAGAUAUGAUUGCGUUAUAUUGUGAACACACAGGCACUGGCUGCUUUUGCAAACGCGACCUACAGAACACAUUUGCGCGUGGUAAUCGAAUACCCUCCGGUUUGGACACAGUUUUUAGCGAGAUGUUGCACGCCAAGAAAAUACGCACCCGUGCAGACUUUGAAUAUGAUCCUGAAAAUACAUGGGGCGGUUGGGCGAUAAAUAAUUUUGUAAAACUUCCAAUAUCAUGGGGUUGGCAAACAUUGAAGAGCAGAAUAGGGCUGCAGUCAGAGAAUCAAGCAAACUGGCUAGAAUAUGUUCACUUAGACGUUAUGAAGAAAUUUUGUAAACAAUUGCAACAAAGUGUGCUGCAAGAACAUCAGGGCGAACUGCUGCAUUAUGAAAACUUUAGAGAACUUUCGAGCGCUGUUUUGGCUCUUAAAGAGGAUUGCCUACUUUUAUGUUUGCACGUGUUGCAUUGUCAAAGAAAAAUUGGAAUUGAGUACAAACUAGACGAAAAACAACAACAAAUACACUUGAUCAAAAUACCUGCAAAAACUGAUACAAGCAUUGAAAUCACUGAGACUGAUCGUGCCGUGCACAACCUUAAAAUGACACAAGCCAGUUUGUUGAAACAAUUGGAAAAAUUGGAGGAAGAUAUAAAGGAAAAUGCCGAAAAAGCACGCCAAUACAUAAAAGAGAACAAACGUCAAUUGGCUAAGACUUACUUGCGAAAGAAACAAUUAUUGGAAAAAAAUCAUGAAAAACGUGGCAUAGCUUUACACAAUAUAGAAUCACUCAUAACCAGCGUGGAUGAGGCACAAAGUCAUGGACAAAUACUCGAUGCUUAUAAGAUCGGUUCAAAGGCAUUACAAAAAGCACUUAAUGACUCUGGCUUGAAAUAUGACAAUGUCGACGAAGUUAUCGCCGAGGUGCGUGACACUAUGGAAGCACAUCAAGAGUUACAAGAUACCUUGGCUAAUGCGGGAAUAUCAGAUAUUGCCGCCGGUGGCGCAGAUGUCAAUGAUAAUGAUGCUUUGGAACGGGAAUUACAACAAAUACUCGGCCAAACGGGUCAAACGCCAAUCAAGCCAACAAAUACAAAUGAAAACGCAAAUAUAAGCAAGUCUGCAGCCAGCGGCUUACCUAAACCGCAAAUAACCGAUGCAGAACUUUUAGCAAUGUUAGCGGGUCUGGAAGUUGAAGACGGUUCACCUAGGAAAAGCGAAGCGAGCGUAAGCACAGCUGUUGCUGAAUAAGUGUUACAAAAGUGAACGUGGUGAAUGGGUUGCCAAUAGAGUUAAAAGACAUUAUUGAAUUUAUUUAAUUGCUUUAAUAUAAGGGUGAAUGUUUUGAAAACGUAUAUGUUGUAGAAAAAUUAAACUUUGUCAAAAUAAAAACAUAUUUUAUUUUUCA